AUUCCGAAUUGAGUUAGUAGUGUUUUGAAUUUGCCUGCUAUUCAGUUGACUUUCGGUGCAGAGUGAAAGAAAAUGUCGGUGAAAUUUUUAAAUUAUUUCGACUAUGGAUCGGCCGGAGUGAUUCAACUAAAUCGACCAGAGGCAAUGAAUGCCUUCAAUGGGGAGAUGCUAAGGAAUUCGUAUGAGUUGCUCUCAAAGACGGAGAAUCGAAAUGAAAUAAUCAUUAUUAAGGGCACACGGAAAGUCUUCUGUGUUGGUGGAGAUCUUAAGGAACUGCCUUACCUGCCAGUAGCAGAGACAAGCAGUGUCUACACAGAUAUUUAUGGCAUCUAUGAUCUGAUUGCGAAUUCCCCUAAGCACUUUGUUGCUCUAAUCGAUGGACUAGCAAUAGGAGGUGCUUCAAUCUACUCCCAGCCGGCAGAAUACAGAAUAGUCACGGAAAAAACCGUAAUGUUCAUGCCAGAAACAACAAUUGGAUAUUAUAAUGACGUUGGGUCGAGCCAUUUUCUGUCUCGAUUGGGCAACCAUUUUGGCAUUUACAUGGGUAUGACGGGAAUAAAGGUAAAGGGAUACGAUCUGAAAACUGUUGGCUUGGCUUCGCAUUUUGUCGAAAGUCACAAAUUGGCGGAACUGGAGAAAACUUUAAUUAAAUGUAAAGAUCGCAAGGAUGUGGACACAGCUUUGAGUCACUUCUCAUCUGACGUUGAAACCCGCCCCAAUGCACUUGACGAAAUUCUUCCGAGAAUCAACAAAUGCUUUGAUGGUGCGACAGUCGAAGAAAUUUUCGCCAAUCUUCAAUCUGAUGGCAGCGAUUGGGCGAUCAAAACUCUGAACACUUUAAAGAAAAACUCACCAACAUCGUUGAAAGUUGCGCAUCGUGCUAUCACCACGGGAAGAAAUCUUUCGAUGCGAGAUUGCUUGAAAAUGGAAUUGCGUAUUUCUGUCAAUUUCGUCGGUGUCGGUGACUUUAGGGAGGGUGUCCGGGCGAUAUUAGUUGACAAGGAUUUCAAACCGCAAUGGAGCAAAAAUUCUAUUUAUGAAGUCACAAAAGAAGAUGUUGACAGAUUCUUUAAGUCGAUACCAGAAUUAUAUGAGCUUAGAUUCAGGAAUCGUGUUGCCAGCCGCUUAUAAUAUGAUAGAGUUGGAAAGGGUAAUUCUUUAGAAAUUUCUAGCGACUUAUAACAAUGAUGGCAAUUUUUACGACUCCAAUUAUAGUUGUAAAAGUUUUUGACUAUUUCUAAGAAUUUUUUUUCCAUUUUUCAUACAUUUUUGACGUAAUUUGUUUCUUAAAACUGGUUCACCCAAUGGGUGAAUCACCCAUACUACCUCAAUACAGUUUUAGCAUACCAAGCGCGCGAGUGAAGGCUCAUCGCCAGCACUAAGACGACCCGCUUUUUUAAGAAAUAGUUUGAUAACUCUCAACAGGCAGCACAAAAAUCCAGGGCCAAACGUCAAAAAUGUCAUGUCAUUUUCUUUAGUCCCUGAAAAGUACCAAACUCGAGCGAGGGCUCAUUCGACAGCACUAAACGAGCACUAAAUGAUAGGCCUAAUUCUAAAACAGCACUAAAUGGUGGUGGUGCCAACGACAUGUACCUCUAUUAACUCGUAUAAACACGUAAAAUGUAGUCAGGUUGUAUGGGUGUACCAGCACUCGAAGUAAAUUUUAUUGUUGUAAGGAAAAUUUUGAGGAAAAGCGGGAAAAUCUAUGAAAAAUUGGUAGUAAAAUAUGAAGACUUUCCCAAACAGCAUGUUAUGUUAAAAAUGUGUGAAAAAAUAUUCCUAAAACCUCUUAAAUAAAUUUUGUAGAAAUAAUCCCUGGCUAGAGUUCAAAUUUAGUUAUAAUUCUACGGCAAAGGAAUAAUUAUGUAAUUCUAGGAUUUAUCGGUUUAUUCGAUUUAUUCAAUGAAAAAUCCAAAACAUGUCUUUUCCUUUGACUCUAUUGAAGUGUUGUUUGCAACACCAGCCUGAACUAUAAACAGGUAUACCAUCACUUUUUCCGGCGCAAAGCAUUGCAAAUAAACCAAGUUAUGCAGAAUAUGACUGUACCGUCGAUAGGAAAUAGGAUAUAGCAUGAGGUGGUGUGAUUGAUGUUUAAUAUAGUAAAAUAUUAUGCCAAGAUUUAGCGGGAAAAAAAUUGCAUAGUUUCUAUGCUAAUACACAGUGGUGACAAGAUGGUCGGAUAUAUCACACCGACAGGAUGACAGAUACCACCGUUUCAUAGAUGAUACAUCAAGUGGUUAUAUAAAAAAAACAUUCUGUGCAUUAUACAUGUCGCUUUUAUGGAUUGUUUUAUGGAAUGUUGCAGAUGAAAGUUUUUGAACUUUUCAGUUGAAUAUUUAACGGUUAUUAAUGGAACAAAACAGUUUUCCGGUUUAUUUCAACCGUCACAUACUAUAUGACAUAUAGUCAACAUAAAUUUCCACAGAGACACCUUGACAUCUCACUAUAGUCUGUUCCAAUAGAACGAUUAAAGGGCGAGAGCCCCACUUACAUUUCAACCGUACCCCUUCGUUUGAAAUGCAUUGCAUAAGGGGGAGCUUUCGAAUGUCAAAUUGUAAACUUACAGCGUGUAAUAGGCAACUUCUUUGUUCGGAUAACCACCUGUUGUCGACAGUCCAAAUUUACCACACAGUUCAUGAGUUCGAAUUGUUUGGAAAGGUGUUCUCUACUGGUGUCAAUUUUUGUCAAGGUCGUCAUUGAUUCUUCAAAGUUUAGUAGUUCAGGUUGCUAAACAAAAGGAUCGAUUUACUUGCGAACAUGGAAACCUUUGUUAAAACUCUAAACCAGGACGAUGAUUGAUUGUUCUGUUGCUAUUGUUUUUGAGCACUAGGAGGGCUAUUAACUCCUGCAUGAUCGUAGUUAAUCACUAAAUAAAGAGCAUUACAUUAAUUCUUAGGACUCCUAAGUUAAGAGUUAGUCCACACCACAACUCUGUUCAAUUAAUUGCAAAACCAAAGCACCUCCUAGUACAGUCGUAGAAAUUUGUCUAUGUCAAUGAGAAUAGUUUCUAUUACUAUACUUUGUCCUUUGGUCACAUUAAUAGCAUCAAUUUUAGCACCAAACCAGUUCGUCUAUAAUGUAACCUAACUCAACGUUAUAGUGGCUCAGACCAGAGAGCCGAUCAAAAAUCGUCGGCGGCGUCUAGCCGUCCCAAAAGAGCUGGCGGCCGGCGGCUGAGUCGGCUCAGCCGUUCUAAAAGAGGAGGCGGCGACUGGGCCUAGCCGCCGGUUAAAAAGUCGGCUGGCGGCGGCUGUAGUAUUAUUUGUCUUACAAUAACAACAGCAACAAUUAUUACAAAAAAUUUAAGAUUUAUUCGAAGAACGAUUGAACACAUUCAUAGGUUCGAUUAUAAAGUUAAAGUUAAUACUAAAAAUACUAAAAAUAGAGAACUAAAACUCGAAGUGCUCCUUGACGAGAUCAAAGUUUUCAUGAAUGAAUAAAAUUUUUUGCAUCGUAAAUGGAUUUAAGUUAGAUUUGUGUUUUGUCAUCAGAAUUCCUGCUACCGAAAAGAAUCUCUCAACGAUAGCAGAGGUUGCCAUAAAAGAUAAAAUUACUUUUGAGAUUGUACUCAUGUACGGAUACUGUU